UGAAGGAUUUUACUUGUAUGUUGUGUAGCAAUACAUUCAGGGUCACAUUUUCAAGGGUGUGUGGGAGUACAGAGCAGGGGGAUGGAAGAGGACCCACUUAAGAAAAUUUGCAGGAGUCCACCUGCAGUGGACAAGCAAAGGGAGGAAAUGUGUAUGCAAAGAGGUGGACAGAUAUCCGUUUACAUGGCUGCAUUUACACACGCUGUGCAAUCACGGCAACAAUUCAUGAUUUUAUGCAAAACGCAGGUAUCCAUUUGCCAUUCCCCUCCCCCCUUGGUGAAAAGCUGGAGAUAGGCAGACACGUAUGUGUGUGUGUGUGUGUGUUAAUGAAACACUAGCUCUGUCACCCAUUGACUAGGGUUACCAUACGUCUGUAUUUUCCCGGACAUAUCUGGUUUUUUGGUUCUUAAAUCGCCGUCCGGGAGGAAUUUUUAAAUAUCUAAAAACGUCCAGGAUUUUGCCAUUAUUAUUUUUCCCCUUAGCUCCCAGUGCUUGCGCCGCAAAACAGCUGUUUUGCACAGCUGGUGGGGAGGAGGGAGACUGCGGUGCGCUGGGGUGGAGAGCUCUCUGUGCGCUGCUGGCCCCUGCAAGCCCUGCUCUGCAUCUCCAGCAGCUCCCACUGGUGCUUUUCCCAGCCAAUGGGAGCCACGGAGCUCGUGCUUGUGGCGGGCGCAGCACGUGGAGACCCCUCGGCUGCCCCGAUCCUAGGAGCCAGAGGGACCUGCGGCAGGAGGGGUGAGUAGGCAAGCGGGACAGGUGAAGAGGCGAGCGGUGAGCCAGCAGCAGGUGCAGGGGGAGUGAGGAGGCAAGUGGGGAGGGUGAAGAGGCGAGCGGGGAGGGAGCCAGCAGUGGGCGGGAGGGUGAGGAGGUGGGUGGGGAGGGGGGGUGAGGAGGCGAGUGGCGAGGGAGCCAAUGACGGGCAGGGAGGGUGAGGAGGUCAGCAGCGAGGGAGCCAGCAAGGGGCGGAGGGUGAGGAGGCAGGUGGGGAGGGGUGAAAAGGCCAGUGGUGGGCAGCGGGGGUUGAACAGGUAAGCGGCGAGGGAGCCAGCAGUGGGCGGGGGUAAGGAGGCAAGUGGUGAGCCAACAGCAGGCGGGGGUUCUCACAGCGGUAUGGGGGUUUCUGGCAGGAGAAUGAGGAGGUGAGUGGCAGGUGGGAGGAGGCGAGCAGUGGGUGGGGGAGUGGGGAGAGAUGCAGCAAGCCAGUGGCAGGCCAUGGAGUGAAGAGGGGUGCGGUGGCGGGGCCAAGUGGGGAGGAAGUGGGACCUGGGGCGGAGCAUGGGAGGACUGUGGGCGGGGCCGACAGCACCCUAAUGCGUCACAAUAUUUUACUGUUGUGAUCUGGUCACCCUAAUAUAUACUCAAUAGAGACGACAUGUAGCGCACAGCAUAUAUAACAGUAUAACAACGCAUUAAUACAACGUGAGUUCGUAUAUACUGCUGCAAAUACUGCUGCCACCGAGCACCUCAUGCCGAAGUCAAGCCUAGGCUUUCGCGUGGGCACCAAGCACCCUGGCUCCUCCACUCCAUACCCAGCGGCUCUCGGUGCGCCAAGACCAACUGGCGCCUGAUCCGGCCGGAAGCCCCAGCUCCGGCUGGAAACUGGAUCCAGCCCAUUGCUGGCUCCGGUCCGACCACUUCUAAUGAUUAAGCAAGAGGGCUGGCUCUACCGGUGGUCCAGCAGGGCCCCAUCACCCUGGCCCCCAACAUCCAGGCCCGCCCCCGUCGCGACGCAGCGCCCGCUCAGCCACCAGCUCGGCGCUGAGGGCGGCAGAGAGCGAAGCCAAGGGCGCGAAAAAACCACGCAUGCGCGUUCGGAACCUUGGAGCAGUUGAAAACGGAGCUAACCUUCCAACCCUUUCUCCCCACCGGUUCCUCUUUUGCUGUCCGUUAAACUGACGUCGUUGUCAUCAUCGCGCUGCGUCCUUCAUUCUGCGGUUCCCGGCGCCGCCCGCGCACGGUCAAGGGGGGGGGGGAAGCGCAGGCUAGUUUAAUGUGGUUGGUUCACGGCAACUUUUUUUUCUAGAGCGGGCGGGCAGAUGGGGUGCAACCCCCUCUCCUAGGCCCAGACCGGCGACCUGCGCCCCGAGCAUGGCUUCCAGCAAGCGCAAGGAGCCGCUCCCGGCGGCGGCGGCAGCAGCAGCAUCUCGGGUCCUGGAGCUGGAGGAAGAGCUCAGGAGCCUGGCUGAGGAGCUGAGUCAGUGCCAGGCUGAUAAAGAAUUUGUAUGGUCUUUGUGGAAACGCCUCCAGGUGGCAAAUCCAGAUCUUACACAAGCAGUCAGCUUGGUGGUGGAAAGAGAAAAGCAGAAAACUGAAGUCAAGGACAGGAAAGUAUUAGAAAUUUUGCAAGUCAAAGACAGCAAAAUACAGGCACUGGAACAGAGAGCAUCAGGACAACAACAAGAGAUUAACAACUUGGUACAGAGAAAAAUUGCUGUAGAUGAGGAAAAUGCUCUCUUGAAGAAUGAAUUCAGUAAUUUGCAGCAGAAAUUUAAAGAUAAAAGUCAAGAACUUAAGGACACUAAGGAGUGUGCACAGAAGAAAGAAGAGCAAAACAGACUGGUUAUAAAAAAUCUGGAGGAGGAAAAUGAGGGAUUAAAUACACGCUGCACUGACCUGCUAAAUGACCUGGAGAAACUGAGGAAGCAGGAGGCACAAUGGAGAAUAGAAAAAUCUGGUGUUGAUGCCAAAAUAAAGAAUUUGGAAACGGAUUUAACAGAGGCAAGAAAACAAAUGGAAGACUUGAACACUAAAUGCAGUGACUUGUCAUCACAAGUGGUCGUUAAACAGACUGAAUUAGCACAAAAGGAUUGUGAUGUGGCCAGAGUUAGGAAGGAGUUGCGGGAGCUGCAGAAUCUUUACAAACAAAACACAGAACAUACAGCACAGCAGGCAGAGCUGAUUCAGCAGCUUCAGGCUCUCAAUAUGGAUACGCAAAAAGUACUGAGAAAUCAGGAAGAUGCUCACACAGCUGAAACUAUAUCAUAUCAAAAACUUUACAACGAAUUGACUAUAUGUUUUGAAACUCUGAAAGCAAGGGAGAUUCAGCUCCAGCAAAGUCAUGCUUCUCUUCAGGGUCAGCUACUGGAAAAAGAACAAAAGAUAAAGUGGCUGGAAGAACAACUACAGCAGGCCCGAGAGGCCUUACAUCCGGUACAUCAAGAUUCUCAUCCAAAACACAGGGAACAGGAAUUUCAACAACCUUCUUUAAAUGAGCUAGAGUGUCUUAUAGCAUCACAGAAAUUUGAAAUACAGUUUUUGCAGGAAAAAUUGAAAACAGCAAAUCUUAACCUAGCAGAGCGUAGCUUUUGCAGCACAGACAUCCUUGAAAGCAAAAACAUAAAGUCUGGAAGAAAGCACAAGGAACCACCUGUGAAACGUUCAAGGUCUCUGUCCCCAAAGAGCUCUUUUAGAGAGUCAGAGGAGCUAAGGAAGCUUAAAAUAGCUGAAAAGAAGAUUGAAAACUUAGAGAAGACACUGCAGCUAAAGACCCAAGAAAAUGAUGAGCUAAGAAAAGCCCAUGAAAAACGCAAGGAGAGGUUGCAGAUGUUACAGACCAACUACAGAGCAGUAAAAGAGCAAUUAAAGCAGUGGGAAGAGGGCUAUAGCAACAGGACUGAAAACACUAAAAGCAAACACCAGCGUGCAGAUCCCCACCAGCUUCGCCAAGAAGAUUCUGAUGCUGUCUGGAACGAGCUGGCAUAUUUCAAAAGGGAGCAUAAAAAGCUAUUGAUUGAAAAGCUGAAUCUUGAAGAAGAAUUAGAUCAGAUGAAAGUAUGUAGAUCUAUGGAUAAGGCUACAAUACAAGAACUGAAUCUGUGUCUGCAACAAGAAAGGGAAGAACUACUCUUUAGACUUGGUGAAGAUGACGGGGUCAAGAACAGUACUCCAAAGAAGAAUGUGAAAGAAAUAUCAGAUCAGACAUUACAGAAGGUGUGCCAAUUGGAAAAGAGAUUUAGAGCUCUUGAAAGGGAAUCAAAGAAGCUGAAAGAAGUAAAUAAACAGUUAACCAAGGACAAAAAUGAUCUGAAAGCAUCUAUAAAAUGUCACAAAGAAGAUGCAGACACAAAAGAGAGAGAGUUAGAGAAGCUACUGAAGAAGUUUCGAGAAAUAAAGAAAGACAAAGCCGAUCUUCAGUUAGUUAUUGAUGAGCUGGAGAGAGAGGUUACCUCUCUGAAGAGGCAAGUGGCAGAAGCGAACAGAUUGAGAAAUGAAAAAGAAGAUCUGGUCUGUGAGGUGCAGCAAUUGAAAAAUUCUCUGGACAAAGCCAAAGCAGUGGCUACCAUGGCCACUGUAGGAGCAACCGGUGGGCAAUGUAAUUGUAAGACAGCAGGAACCAAAGUUAAAUUAAAAACAACUAAGAAAAAGAGCUCUCUGGGACGUCACCAAGCUUUUCUCAAUCAGUCCAUCAAGGUUAUGAGCAAUGUAUUUGAGAACUUCAAUAAGGAUGGCUGGGAGGAUAUGAGUGAAAGCAGUGACUCUGAAAUACCAACUUCUGAAAGCUUGGGAUCAGUAAUUAUGAAAACAGUCCAAAACGUUGAUUCACUAAGAGACACAAAUGAUCAACAGGAAAAAUAUCAAAUACAAGCUAAUCAGAUGGUCCACAAUAUUGCACAUUUACAAGACAAGAGCCGACUAUAUCACAAAAAGGGCAACACACAGAACAAGGACAUUGAAAAAUCACAUUCCCAAAGGAGGAAGAUCAGUCCUUUCAUAACAGCUCAUCCAUCAGUUAUAAACAAAGUAAACAGAGAGAAAAGGAGAAAUAUUGUGAUCCAGAAACUAGGCUGCUCUGUUUUAUUGCGGGAACGAAUUAAGUCCUUGAAGCAGCAGAUAGCUGUUCUGCAGAAAGCAAAAAGGACAGCGGUAUCUUCUGUCAAAGAAUUUAAGGAAGCCAAUGAAAAACUAACAUCUCAACUACAUCUGGCUGAUCAAAGACUUCAAACCAGCAGACGGACAAUACAGACAUUGACCUCUGAUCUGGCUGAGUUGCAACGAGAGAGAGAAGAUUUACAAGGAAAAUUAGAGCAUCUGGCCCAAGCUACCAGGUUGAAAGAAGGUCCGUCUCCUGUGACUUCUAACCAAAUUGAAGUCACAGCACCUACUCCUUCAAAGAAUACAGAUUUGGAGGUGAAGCAGCUGUAUUGCAAACUGAAGAAUGCAAAUAAUGAAAUCACUAAACACUCAACUACCAUUAAGUCUCUGAAAAAUGAAGCCCAGGAAAAAGAAGAAAGGAUGCGGGAACUACAGGAAAAGAUUUCUCGAAUGGAAAGGGACAUAAAUAUGAAAAGACAUUUGAUAGAAGACUUAAGAUCUCGUCUGAAAGCAAACCAGGAAAUUGAGAAAACCUUUAAUGAAACAUUAGAAAGUUUUGAGAAAAAGGUAAAGACAUUGACUGAAGACUGUUCAAACAAGAAAACAUCAAUUGAUUCACUAAAGCAAAGGCUUAAUGUAGCUACAAAAGAGAAAUCACAGUAUGAACAGAUGUAUCGCAGGGCUAAAGAUGAGUUGGGGAAAAAGGAUCUCAAGCUUACCAAUCUAGAAGGUAAAAUGAUUGAAGCUGAAUGUGCCAUGACUGAACUCGAGACUGCUGCAUCUCAGCAACUCCAUGGCUUGGCAAAGCAAAGUGGGCAGGCCCUGGAAGUAGUGCAGAAGAAAAUGCUGCUGGCCAAUGACAAAGUGGAAGAAUUCAUAACAUUUGUGAAGGCCUUAACCAGAGAGUUACAGCAUAAUGUACAGGAGAUGAGAAUGCGAAUCAGACAUGCUAAAAAAUUACGAGAAGAGAAGGAAUGGAACAGGUAUCCUUCCAAAGAGUCUGUCCACCGAGCCCAGUCCUUGGCAGCAUCUAUCCUUAAUAUUUCAAAGACUGAUCUAGCGGAGAUGCUGGAUACAGAAGAUGAAGAGGAAAUAGAAAGGGCUAAAAUGGAAGUUGAAAAAGAUAAGGAAUGGCUGUGUUACAUACAGAAACUUCUUGAAGGACAGGCUCCAAGGGCACCGGGAACUUCAGCUAGGGAAGGAGGAAGGGCUGCUUGCUUUCAGCAGGAUCACUUUCCUCGUCUCUAACUCCUGGGAAUUUAGUGAGUAAGUUAAUGGUGAUUCGAUCAUCAUGAACUUACCUGCAUCUCCCCUCUGUGCUGUGAGGCAUCCCUGCUCCUUUUCCCUGGCAGGGAUUGUAGGGACAUGGGAGACACCUGGCACCCCAACUGUCAUAGAAAAAGUUUUGGCAAGAGCCUGGAGGAUACCAGGGGAUGGGCUGGUUUUGGGGUCAAGAUCUGCUUCUUCUUCUGUGUGGGGGAUUAAAUCAUGCUUCCUACAGAUGGACGUGAAGAAAACUAUGAAUGGAAAUCCUGGAGUUUCCUGACCCUUCCUGAGAGUAGCCCAUGGAGAAGGAUAUGCCCUUUACAAUUUUCAAGUCAGGUCUUGUGCAUUGGUGGAUACUGUGUUUCCUUUUAAUACAUGUUUCUAAAAUUCUGACCUGAAAUGCUCAAUUUAAAAGUGGAAAAAAUGGGAACUUUUUGUCAAGACUCUAAUCAGAAUAAAAUGUAGACUUUGCACAGUGAGAUACGUUUAUAUUCUAUGUACACAUACACAUCUGUGAUAUGGCAUCUCAGGCUUACUUUCUGCACUUAUUGUGAGAAAAUGUCCUGCAGAAAAUUGCAUCAGAUCACUGCAGUUUGAUAUAGUGUCUUUUUGUGCCAUUGAGCCAGGACUCUGGAACAUAAUUGCCCAGCAGUAUUGAUUUAAUUGCCUAGGUUUAUUUGUGGACUCCUAAUUAUUGACUGGAGGUAAAUUUAAUGGAGAAACCUUUAUGAACACUGGGAAACUGCUGCUGUUGCUGUUAUACAUAAUGAACUGCAUCAUAUCCCUCUAGAUCAUUUUUCAAGCUAAUUUUAUUCCACUGUGACAGUACGAUAACAUUUAAAAUGUCAUAGACAUUUUAUUUUUAUUACUGACAUAUGCUGUUUUACUGCUGCAUUAGAAAUUUUGGGGGAGACUGGGGGAAGCACUAGUUGCUUUUAAUGUCAUUUUAUAGAUUCCCCUAGAGUGUAAUCAUAAACGACUAUAGCACACCUCUGUUUUACACUUCAUCUACACUCCUAUUUUCUGUACGGUUAUGACCUGAAAAGGUUUGUAUUUAUGCUGGCUUUAGGAAAGUAUUACUGUUGCUAUGAUUAAUAUGUACAUUAUAGUGGUGCCCAGAGGCCCCAGUCAGAAUCGAGGCCUCACUGUACUAGCCAUUGUACGAACACAUGUGAAGAACUGCCCCGUACAAACUAAAUGGAGGAAUUUCCUUUUCAAAAUAUUAUUCAAAUAAAAAUGGUAUUAUCUAAGGAAAUAACUGAGUUGGGAAUUCUGCUGUGAUAUUUAUAAGCACACAUUGUCUAAAGCUACAUUUUGACUGGCAAAUGAGGUCUUUUUGAUGAUCUUUAUAUUCAUGCAUCAACUCGCAGUGCCUGGAACCUCAUCACUGAAAAAUUAAAAACAAACACCCUAAAAACCCCACCCCUUGUACGUAAAACAGAAUGGGGUGAAAGUUAAUGGGUUUCUACGGCACAAGGGGGUGCUGUAUGUGAAGAGGCGUCAUAGGAGGUACACGCCCCUGCCUGGAAACUUCUGAGAGGCUAUGCAUAGCUAGUGGGGCAUGAGAAAGGCAGAGCUGGGGAAUCCACCAGGGCACACAACUUCCAGUCCUUCCCUAAUGGGGAGUAGGGCACAUAACAACCAGUGUAGGCCAUUCUAGCCAUUAGGCAUGUCUACAGCUCCAGUAGGGGAUGGAAGAAAGAUUCUUUCCCCACUUCUUUCCUCAUGUCCCUAGUGCCUAUGCUAGC